ACUUAGCAACACUACAAACUCUCUCCACACUCACGACCACUUCUGCUUCGCUAACAACACCCAUAUCGCUUUUUGCACCCCCUCUCGUCCUCUUCUCAAAUGUCGCAAUCAACCAGACCAUCUUCAUCAAACUCUGCUGCCACCAACCACAAUGACUCUUCCUGGAAAUCAGGUCUUCGCCCACCACCAAAAGACUUCCGUCCUCAGACAGAAGAUGUCACAGCAACCAAAGGAUUGGAAUUCGAAGAUAUGUACCUCCGUCGUGAACUGCUCAUGGGCAUCUUCGAAGCAGGAUUCGAGAAACCCUCACCUAUACAAGAAGAGGCCAUUCCAACAGCUCUCACUAAACGUGACAUCCUUGCCCGUGCCAAAAACGGUACAGGCAAAACCGCCGCUUUUGUUAUACCAUCCCUCCAGCAAAUUGACACCAGCAGGAACAAGAUUCAGGCUCUCCUCCUCGUCCCCACUCGUGAAUUAGCCCUACAGACAUCCCAGGUCUGUAAGAUACUCGGCAAACAUAUGGGCGUGCAAGUCAUGGUCACAACCGGUGGCACUACCCUUAAAGACGACAUCAUGCGAUUAUCCGAAACCGUUCACGUGCUGGUAGGCACACCUGGUCGUAUCUUGGACUUGGCUGGUAAAAACGUUGCCGAUCUCAGUGAAUGUCCCGUCUUCGUCAUGGACGAGGCGGACAAACUUCUCUCUCCCGAAUUCACCCCGGUCAUGGAACAAUUGCUAUCCUUCCUCCCAGAGGAGCGUCAGGUUAUGCUUUUCAGUGCCACCUUCCCUAUGAUUGUUAAGGACUUCAAGGAUAAAUACAUGAAAUCACCCUACGAAAUUAAUCUUAUGGAAGAACUUACUCUUCGCGGCGUCACGCAAUAUUAUGCCUAUGUCGAGGAGCGACAGAAGGUUCACUGUCUAAAUACUCUCUUCUCCAAGCUUCAGAUUAAUCAGUCCAUCAUUUUCUGUAACUCUACCAACCGUGUCGAGCUGCUCGCUAAAAAAGUGACAGAGCUUGGCUAUUCUUGCUUCUACUCCCAUGCUAAGAUGCUUCAAUCGCAUCGUAAUCGAGUAUUCCACGAUUUCCGCAAUGGCGUCUGCCGCAACCUUGUUUGCUCUGAUCUGCUCACUCGUGGUAUCGACAUCCAAGCUGUGAACGUUGUCAUCAACUUCGAUUUCCCUAAAAACUCGGAAACCUACCUCCAUCGUAUUGGUCGUUCGGGUCGUUUCGGACACCUGGGUCUUGCCAUCAAUCUCGUCACAUAUGACGACAGGUUUAACCUGUAUCGCAUUGAGCAAGAGCUAGGAACGGAGAUCCAACCUAUUCCGCAGACAAUUGACAAGGGGCUGUAUGUUGCUCCUAGCUCAAGUGAGGAGACGACGACGCAGAAGGCUACGCAGCAAACACAACAGCGGCAACAGACUUCCGCGCAGCAAGCGCAAGCUGCAUACCAGAGCAAUGGACAACAGAGUCGAAGCAACGGUCCUGCACCACCUCCGCAAGGGCAACAGCCACCUAGGACAUAUGGCGGUGGCUAUCGUGGUGGUGCACCUGGUCCUCGAUGAACGAUGUUGUUCGAGGAUGCCGUUAUAGACGUUUUUGUGUGUUUGAGUUGCUGUGGUGGUUGGGGUGGAGUGGAGGGGGGGACGCUUGCGGUCAACACUAAGUCAUUCGCAUCCGAUCAUUAACAAUCAGCGUUUCGGUAUUUGCUAUCGUAUGAGGGAUUCUCUGUCACAUCUUUCUGCACCAUCGCCACACGCACUUCUCUGCUCCCUAUUUCACUAUCUUCUCUAUUCCUUCCCUUACUUGCGCUCGUGUGUCUGAUUAUAUAUAUCGUCUCUAGGCUAUUUCUGCAACUUUUAGUCUUCCCUUCAAUCCCUCCCUUUUAACCUCUUACUUUUACCGAGGCGCCCGAUUGGCUUUUGACGAUGCGAUGUUAUGUUUGUGUGGUGAUUGCGGCUGUGUGAGUGGUGGGGGUGGAGGUAGGGGUGGGGGGUGGGUUGAUGACUUUGGUCGUGUAGCAUAGUCCAUCAGUACCGUACAAUAUAUUUGGACAAUGCUAAUGUUGUUAACCCCUUGAUUUGAU